UGAAUUAUUACCGCCAGAGAAAACUCGUCAAGGCCCAUUGUGCAUGGAUCAAUAUACUAAACAAUUUGGUGCUGCACGAAUUGCUGAUUUCCCCUCUGACCGUAUUAUAACAACUUGGCCUGCGACUGCUAAACAUAUUAUUGUGAUUUUUAAAGAUCAAAUUUUCAAAGUUCAUGUCUUGGGUGCAAAUGGUGAAAGGGUUCCUAUUAAAGAAAUUAAAAGGCAACUUCAAUCUGUGGUCGAUCAAGUGAAUAAUACUACGGAAUUACAGCCUCCAAUAGGUUUAUUGACUGGUGAACACCGUGAUACAUGGGCAACG